AUGAAAUCUUCAGUGCUGAGGAGUUCACAGAUUGUGACAGUGGAAGCCAGGAUAUUCUGCUCCAUAAAGAUGCCAGUGAUUUAUACGUAUAAAAUAUAUAGAAUGGUUACAAUGGACGCUUUUGCUGCCCAUGAAAGAAGGGUACUGCAUGCAGCAAGUCGGCGUAACAGGGCUGGCGAAAUUGAUGGCAAGGAGAUGAAGUGA